UGACGUCAAUUAACCAAACACUGAGGGCAACGAUCUCUAAUCGAAUAACGAUUAAUAAUCUUUCAAAGCGUUUUGUAACUAAGUUUGGCAAUCUUUAUCAAAAUCUUUUCUUUUCGUUUUUUUGUUUUGUUUUGUGUUUAUCUUUCGCUCUUGCUUGCAUGUAUGUCCGAGCAUUGGCAUUUUGCAUCACAGCAGGAAGCUACAGUCUGACUGGAUUUGGAUUAUGGAACACCCUAGUUCCUUCCUCCUGAUGUUGUAGCCAGUUAAUUUUUUUAUUUUUUAGAUUCACAAUAUGCUGGCUCGCUGCUUUUCAAAGUUGUAAUUUUAUUACCAAGACUCGACUGCCGCUGAAAUGCUCCGCUGCCAUCUCGGGACAGUCGUCUCCAAGGGUAUUUAAACAAUGGUCUGUUUCGGGUCGACGCACGCUCGCCAUUCCGGAGCGUUUUGGAUCCUGGUGACAGUGGGGCUGCUGUGUUCAGGCGUGGUUGUGUCAGAGUCCGCUCCCCAGUCUGCAGACUGUAAGUCUCACGAGUAUGAGCAUGAGGGAUACUGCUGCAACAGGUGCCUCCCUGGAUACAAGAUGUCCAGCCCCUGUCCCGGUCCCAAUAUGACCACGACCUGCAUGCCAUGCGCUGAAAAAACCUUCCUCGCUAUCAGCAACUACAACAGAAACUGCUUCCGCUGCAGGAAGUGCGACAAACUGCUGAAUCAGGUGGAGGUGGCUCCCUGCAAGGGUGACAUGGACCGUGUGUGCGGCUGCCCUGACUGGCAUUACAAAGUGCGACAGAGGGAUUCAUUUAAUUGUGUGAGGUGCCAGACCUGUAGCAGAGGAUCGGUCAUCGCAAAGCCAUGUUUAGAAUACAGUAACACUGUUUGUAAGUGUUCAGAAACCUACUUCAGAGAUGGAAAGGGAGACUGUCACCCGUGUUCAGAGUGUGACGGGGGGUUUAACUGCACUGUGCAUUGUCCCAAACCAAACCAGCCUGACCACAAACCCUGGAUGAUCAUCGCUGUUGUGAUGAGCUGCCUGUUAGCUGGUUGCUUUGUUUAUGAAGCUGCAAAAAACAGCAAGAAAAUCUUACAACGGUGUAAAAAACCAUAUGCCAGUGUAAAUAUGGAGCAGAACAUAUUCUCAACUUCUGAGUUAGUUCCCAGCGUGCAACAAACUGAUCUACCCUCCCCUGUGCAUGAACGAACCUGCCUCUCCAUGCCAGACAGUGCGCCAGCACAGCUGCCAGAUUGUGUCCCACAGAUAACAAACAGCCCGGAGUUCCUGUACGCGGUGGUCAGUGCCGUGCCGGUGAACCGCUGGAAGGAGUUUGUGCGCAGACUCGGCCUCAGCGACCGGGAGAUGGAGUGCGUGGAGCGAGACCAGCGCUGCUUCCAGGAGGCCCAGUACGAGAUGAUGAAGCUGUGGAGGAAUAAGAAGAGGGCCCCUCAGCAGAGUGUGAUCAUGGGGGUGCUGAGGGGCAUGGGGCUGGAGGGCUGUGCUGAGGAGCUUAGUGCUGAACUCAAGUGGCAGGCUUAGAGCCAGAGCAAGACACAGAGCACAUGCACCACAGAGAGACCACCGCUAAGCUUCAUCACACUUUACAGGGUUGUAGCUGACCAAAUAAUUCCAGACAUUUUUACUUUUUCUUUAAAUUUGCUAGCUGGUACUACACCAGGUUAAAGAAAUAUCUGUUUGCAACCCAUGCUUCCAGACAUUCACUAAACUAAACUAAACUAGCAGCUGCUUCCCCUGUUGAUUGACAUGCUUUCCACCAGUAACCUGCUUUGAGCCCGAAGACACUGCUGAGGUGAAGUGACCCAGUAAGUGCUGCUCCAACAGAUUUCCUGAGAGUAAGGCAUGGAAACUGAGACAUUUCUUUAACCUAAACUAGUAGCAGAUAUCAUAGCAUGGGAGAAUGUUGUGCUAUAAAACAAAUACACCCUGAUUCACAGUAGCAGUAAGAAUACCUUUGCUUUGAUCACAUUGUUAUUAUUAUUGUUAUUAUCUUUUCUCA